CGCCGCCGCCGCUUCCCGCCGCCUCCCGCCGCCGCCCGCCCGCCCGGCCCGGCCCGGCCCGGCCCCCCCCGGAGCCGCCCGCGGGGUCGGGCCCGGCCCCGCCAUGGCCGAGGACUUCUGGGAGGCCCCGCGCCGCUGAGCCGGGCUCCGCCAUGGACCGGAUGAAGAAGAUCAAGCGGCAGCUGUCGAUGACGCUGCGGGGGGGGCGCGCCCCCGAGAAGAGCCUCGGGGAGCCCCGCGAUAGCCACGGCAGCGACAGUGAGACAGGGGUGGAUGAGGGGCGGAUGGGCUCGGAUGGGGAGAGUGACCCCCCCUCGGGGACGUCCUCGGAGGAGGUGGCGUCCCCUGUGCGCCUGCGCCUGCGCCAGCACCCGGCCCGGCCCGGCUCCUCCGAGGACAUCAACAAGCGCCUGUCGCUGCCGGCUGACACCCGCCUGCCCGAGGGGGGCCUGGACCGGCUGGGGCUGCCCGGGCCCCUGAGCCGCCGCCUGCGCCGCGUCUCCCUGUCGGAGAUUGGCUUCGGGAAGCUGGAGACCUACGUUAAACUGGACAAACUGGGAGAGGGCACCUACGCCACGGUGUACAAGGGCCGCAGCAAACUGACCGAGAACCUGGUGGCCCUGAAGGAGAUCCGCCUGGAGCACGAGGAGGGGGCCCCUUGCACGGCCAUUCGCGAGGUGUCCCUCCUGCGGGACCUGAAACACGCCAACGUGGUGACGCUGCACGACAUCGUCCACACGCCCCAGUGCCUCACCCUUGUCUUUGAGUACCUGGACCGGGACCUCAAGCAGUACCUGGAUGACUGCGGCAGCGUCAUCAGCAUGCACAACGUCAAGCUCUUCCUCUUCCAGCUCCUGCGGGGUUUGGCCUUUUGCCACCGGCACAAGGUGCUGCACCGCGACCUCAAGCCCCAGAACCUCCUGCUCAGCCGACGGGGGGACCUCAAACUCGCCGACUUCGGCUUGGCUCGGGCUAAAUCCAUCCCAACCAAGACCUAUUCCAACGAGGUGGUGACACUCUGGUACCGGCCUCCCGACAUCCUCCUGGGUUCCACUGAGUAUUCCACCCAGAUCGACAUGUGGGGUGUGGGCUGCAUCUUCUCGGAGAUGGUGACGGGGCGGCCGCUGUUCCCCGGCUCCACCGUGGAGGAGCAGCUUCACUUCAUCUUCCGCCUGCUCGGGACCCCAACGGAGGAGACAUGGCCAGGCAUCGGGGCCAACGCCGAGUUCCGGGCCCACAAGUACCCCCCGUACCCCCCUGAGGGGCUGCUGCACCACGCCCCACGGCUGGACGAGGAUGGUGCUGACCUGCUGGGGCAGCUGCUGCAGUUCGAGGGGCGGCGGCGGGUGCCGGCGGCAGAGGCCAUGGUGCAUCCCUUCUUCGCCUGCCUGGGGCCCCGCGUCACCACCCUGCCCGACACCACCUCCAUCUUCGCGCUGAAAGAGAUCCAGCUGCAGAAGGAGCCAGGGCUGCGCUCGGCCACGCUGCCCCCCCCAGGUUCCUCUGCCUUUCGGGUGCUCGACACUGAAUUCUGACACUGAGCAGCCCGUGGAUCGCUGCUGCAACACCCUGGGACCUCCCCAAAACUUGGGGGGUGUUGCCCCCAAAGCUUGGGGAGACUGCUCUAAACUGGGGGGGCUACCCCCCAAAAUGGAGGGGGGGCACCUUAAAACUAAGGGGGAUCACCCUGAACUGUCACUAUGCCCUCUUCCCUCCCCAAAGAGCUGCUGCUGGGUUUGGGGGGGGAUCACGUGGGACACCUCAUUGUGGGGAGGUUCCCCCCUAUUUUUUGGGGGGAUCCCUCGAUUUUGGGGUCCCCCCCACCCCCAUUUACGUCGAGUUUUAUUUUUUCAAGGCAAUAUUAUAAAUAAGAGUCUAUAUUGGGUGCUCCCCCCGCAGGGGUGGGGCUUAGUGGGGGGAGGGGCUACCCUGGGGGCAGUUUGUGGGGGUGGGGAGGGUGGUGGUCCCCUUCUGAGCUUACUCUGAGGUUAUUCACACUUUACUCCAGGGUUACUCCGGGGUUACUUGGGCCUUACUUGGGGUUUCUUCACCUCCUGGGGGAGGUCCCCGGGGUUGUGGGGGGCCCCGGUGUGGGGGGAAACUUGGUCCGAGGUUACUCCCAUUUUACUACAGGGUUACUCAGGCCCAACUCCCACUUUACACUAAGGCAGCUCAGGCCCAGCUCUGUGGCUGUUCCUGCCCUACUCCAGCCUUACUUCAUGGCUACUCAGCCCCUAUUCCCUUACUAUGAGCUUCUACUCCUUGGUUACUCAGACACUACUCAGCUGGGGGCUGCACUUUUCCCCCUAAUGCUCAGUUUAUCCUGGAGGGUCUUACUCGGAGCUUACUUAGCCCUUACAUUAUAGUUAUGCAGUACUUUACUGCUUUCCAGAACUUAGUCUGGGGUUACCCAUGGGGGGGGUCCUUGUUCUGAGUUUACUCAGCCCUUACGUUGAGCUUAUUUGGUACUUUGCUCCUAGUCAGAACUUGCUCCAGGGUUACCCAUAGGGGUCCUUGCUCUGGGCGUACUCAGCUCUGCCUUUGGGGUUAUUUGGUGCUUUAUUGUUACCCCUUUCUCCAGGGUUAGUCCAUGUGGAUCCUUUACCCCUUUCCUUUACCUUUACUCUGCUUUUUAUGGCGGCACUACUCAGCCUUUCCUCAGAAGUUGUGUGCUUGCUUCUCCAUCGCUGUCCAGCUCCUUGGCACAGCUACUCGGCCUUUGCUCAGAGGUUUCUCAGCCCUUACUGCCUUCUGCCACUCAGUUCUCCCUACUUAGCGCUUUAAUCCCAGGUUGUAUCUUCCUCAAAGCCCUGCUCCAGCAUUACACAAAUGUAGGUCUGCCCCCAUCUUACUCAGAGGUAACUCAGCGUUUUGAAGAGUUACUCUCAACACUAACGUGCUCCGUAGUUGUAGCUGGGCUUGUGUGGUGGGUCCUCAGUGGGGACUCAGGAGGGUCUUAGGCCUUAUUCAGCACUUACUCAGAGGUUACUAAGGCCUUAGUGGGCCAGCCCUGGGGGCUUUUGGGGUUACACAGUGGCACCUUCUUUGCUACUCAGCCUUUACACAGAUGAUACACAGUCCCUCUCCUGCUUACUCAGACCCUCCUCAGCCUGUUUCUCUGAUUGCUCCUUCGGCCCCCCUUGCACUACUUACUCAGAAGUUAUGCAGCUGACUUGUGCCGUGUCUUUACCCAGAGGCUGCAUUGCCUGAGCUCUGGUGUUUCCUGCUCUCCCUGCCUUCCAAGCCCUUUCUCCAAGGAUACUCAAUGGAUACACCCACUUUGCUCGCUGUGCCAUUACUCUUUGAGCAAAUUACUCUACUUCCAGGGCGUGCUCAGCCCAUCUUCUGGGGUUCACAGUUGUUACUCCAAGGCUUCUCAGCCCUUACUUUAGUCUGGUAUCUUGAAAUUACUCGAAGUUCAUUAUGUUGAAGUUACUCAGCCACUAGUACAGGUCACAACUUCCACUGAGGUUAUCCAGUGCACUAGUGAGUGGAACACUCCUUACUCCCGGGUUACUACAUACUCUGUGGCCACACAAUCGUUACUUCAGGCUCAAGCCUUGCUUUGAAGUUACUCCUUACCGCAGGCCCACCCAGCCACCACUUCUUAUUCUAGGAUUACCCAGUCCUGCACCCAGGGCUACUCCAGGGUACCCACACUUUAUGCCAAGGUGACACUUUACUCCAGGGUUACUGACGCUUCAUCCUGAGGCUACACACUACGUUGGGGUUACAAGUACUUUACACUGAGUUCGUAUUUUAUUCUAGGGUUACUGUCACAUUACUCCGGGGUUGCUCACACAUCACCCUGACACAGGGGGCUACUCUGGGGUUACAGACAAUUUAUGCCAAUGGCACACUUCAGGGUUACUCACAGGUUAGUCAAGGGUUGUUACUCCAGGGUUACUCACAUUUCAUGCAGGGGUGACACCCUUCUUUGGGCUUAUAGACACACCAAGGCCAUGCCCCAUUCCGGGCUUACGCAUGGGGUUACUCUGGGUUUACUCACACUUUACUCCGAGGUUGCUCACACCUCGCUCUGCCCUCCCACACCCUCCCGGCACAUCCAGCAUCGCUCAGGAUUGCCCCUAUUCCCCCCCCCCCCAUCCCCGCGGGUCCUUAUACGUACCGUGUGUGUAAAUAUGUACAUAAGGGGGCGGGGUUUUUUACAUGCAGCAUGAGAUGCUCGAGGGCUCAGCCCCACCCCCUGCGGUCCCUAUAGCGCCCAUGGGGGGGGCAGAGCCUCUAUACUGCCCCGGGGGGGUGGGGGCUGAGCCGCGGUGCCCCCCGCCCCCAAUAUGGGGAUAUAGGGGCUGCGGGGGGGGAGGGGGCUAUAGGUGCCGGGGGGAGGGAGGAGCAGUGACCCCGGGCCUGGGGAAGGGGAGGGGGGGGGAAUGGGCUGGGAUCGUAUGGAUCCUAUAGGUUCCCCUCCUCCCCACCCCAGGAAAGUGACGUCACGCGGUGGGCGGGGUGACGUCACGCGGUGGGCGGGGCCUCGCGCCUCGGCUGUACGGUACCGACCAUUAAAGCCUCCCUGGGACAUGCCGUGA